AUGCCGCCACGAAGGGGACCACGCUACACGCAAGAGGACAUAGAGCGACAGCUGCAGCAAAUCCUCUUCGACCCUUCCUCGUCUUCCGAGGGUCUUGAGCAGCUUGGGCCUAUCAUCAAACAGAUUCAUCAUGAGCGGCAGCAGGAUGCCUACUUGCGCACUCUUCAAGUAGUGAUCAACGCCAAAAAUGCUGAGAUUGAACGCAUAUGUAGCGACACCUAUCAGGACGUUCUGCCAGCUAUAGCCGCGCUGUUCGCCAUCCAGUCGUACAGCAACGACCUACGCGACAAGGUUACUACGACACUCGAUAUAUCCGUCUUUCAAGUCGCCCGUGCCUCGGUGGAGAGGAAACGGAAACUGGUCCAGGCGAAGAGGGCUCUGGCGAACCUUGACGAGGCGAUCGACAAUCUACAAGCCGGUGUGCGAGUACUCAACACGCUGACCAGCAUUGGCGGGAUGAUACAGCAAAGAAAGUACUGGUCAGCACUGAGAUCUAUCGAUGAUAUUCAAUACAUGCCCGCAGGCUUGCCUGCCCAGGCGCCUCUGUACCACCAUACCCUUACCUGUCUGCCGUCCUUGCGUGAACAAAUCAAGAGCGCAGUGCUUGCGCAGAACACACAAUGGCUACUCGACAUCCGUAACCUAACUAAAUACGUCGGUCGGCUCGCACUCGGCAGCAUGCGGGCUCGAUCAAACAAGUGGAAAGUCAGACGCGAACGUGACCCUUUACUUCAACGCGCUCAGGUGGGCAGUGCGGCGGAGACCGUCAUGUACGAGAACCACGGCCAUAAUGUUCUUGAGAGCGACGAGCUUCAAGUCGACUUCAAGCCACUUUAUCAGAGCAUUCAUGUAUACACCGCUCUUGGCUCUCUCGAUGAACUUCGCCGUUGGUACCGCGAGAGUCGCUCGGGGCAAUCGGAACUCAUCCUGCAGGCGUCGAUGCAACUCUCUUCCUUUACCGAUGUUGUCGAAGGCAUCAUCGGGUUCUUCAUCAUCGAAUCACACGUACUUCGGACAACCAGCAACUUUAGGUCUCCUCGUGACGUCGAGGAGUUAUGGGAUACAUCAAUGCAGAGAUUCGCAUCCGUUGUCAAGACAGCUUUGGAGAAGGAAACCGAUGCAGCGUCCUUCUUGCAUGUCAAGGAGGUCUUACUAGACUUCGUAAUCGCGGCCGAGUCAUACGCUUACUCGACACAAUCAAUGCAUAUGCUUCUUCAACAUCUAUUCGAGAAGUACGUGACGUCACUAGAGCGCCGAUACGGCAAACGGUCCGAGGAAAUCAUACAGAAGGAUGACCUACAACCCUUCACGGUGAAGGACGCAGGGAAACUUGAAGACGCGUUGCGCUCUAUCUGGUUGGCAGAGCAUAAGCGAGACGCAUUGUCGAGAUCCGCGUUUCCGGCACAUCUCCCAUGGUCGAAUAGCUUCCCGCUAUGCUGCGCUAGCAUACGCGACUUCGCCCAUCGCUCUCACCAGUUCAUCGAAGGUGUCCCCCUUCGUCAUCAUAGCGUCGAUGAGCUCUUGGGCAAGUCACUGGAUGUGCUUCUCAAGGAGCACCUCGCAACGUCGUUCAUACACCAACUCGAGCGCACUACUCAACUACCAGAUCUUGCUCAGAUCAUUGCGAACCUCGAGCACUUCGAAGGCGCGUGCGCGGAGCUCGAGCACUCGUUGAACGUGAUGCGCGAAGCGCAACGCGGUGAUACAGUGCGUAUAACUGCGGCGCCUGCAUUCGCCGAAGCGCUCACACGGGCGCGAGCGCGCCUCGCGGACGUGAUUACGAGCGAGCUUGAUGGCUUCUUCGAGCUUAACUCAUAUGAAUGGACACCAGCACAGAAGGAAGAAGUGCCGAGCAUAUACUUGACCAAGCUCGUAGCCUGGUUGAGCACUGCCGUCGACUCGCUUCAGUUAAAGGGCGAGGACAAGGAGCAGCUGUAUCAAGAAGCAGUUGCUCAUAUCGCCCAUCGUCUCAUGGAAUUCUUGACCGAUGAGACAAUCCCUAUGAUGAACGAGAAUGGCGUAACGCAAAUCUCGACCGACGUCGGCUUCCUCGAGACCGUAUUCGAUGAUUUGGGACACGAGGAUCUCAACCACUCCUUCGCCGAGAUCCAAUCUACGAUCACCCUGGCGCUCUCUGAUACAGUUGCCGAGGUUCUUGUACCCGCCGCACGCAAAUGGAAACACUCCCAUGUUGACCCGAAGCAUUUGCAAGUGAUGCUGGGGAAGUUGAGCAAAUAUGGAGCAACGUUACGGGACCCUGUGCAACGAGCGCGCGCGGACAGGCGCAGACGAGAGGCUGAGCAGAUUGGAAGAAUGUUAUCUGGGGAAGGCAGUUAG